AUGUCCUACCCAUCUCACCAAGUCGCGAUUAAUCACACCAACGGACGGAGUCCUCAGGCUGCCUUGUGGACCCAGUCUACGUCAGCUAGUGCAGAAGCUGUGAUUGAGGGCGAUUCUGAUGUCGUUAUUGCCGUGAUGGGGGCGACAGGAAGCGGAAAGACGACUUUCAUCAACCAGGCUAGCGGCUCUGAUCUUCGAAUCGGAAGGGGGCUGAAGUCUUGCACGAGCGUGGUUCAAGUCGCAGAGCCAUUCUUGCUGGAAGGAAGGACUGUUACUCUCAUCGAUACUCCUGGAUUCGACGACACGACUAGGAGCGAUGCCGAUAUUCUCCGGAUGAUUGGCCUUUUCCUCGCAGCAACGUACCAAAACGGCAAGAAAUUGGCGGGGGUCAUCUAUAUACAUCGUAUCUCCGACUUCAGAAUGGGGGGAAUCUCCACUCGAAAUUUCAAGAUGUUUAGAGAGCUCUGUGGAGAUUCCACCCUCAAGAACGUCGCCAUCGUCACCAAUAUGUGGGGUCAAGUCAGCCAGGACGUCGGCGAGGCCCGCGAGGCCGAACUCGCUAGUGAAGAUAUAUUCUUCCAGCCAGUACUUCAGAAAGGCGCGAUAAUGUUGCGCCACGAACAUACGCAAGAGUCGGCGCAUCUCAUUCUUCGACACAUCAUCGAAAAUCAUCCCCUGACGCUUCAGAUUCAGCGCGAGCUGGUGGAUCAAAAGAAGGAUAUUUCCCAGACAGCCGCUGGAGCCGAGCUCAACAGGGAGCUCAUGCUGCAGAUCCAGAAGCACGAGAAGGAGAUGAAACAGCUCCAGGAAGAGAUGAAAGAGGCGAUCAACAGCAAAGACGAAGAAUACAGACGCGAGCUCGAGAUAGAAACGAAGAAGCUCCAAGCAGAAAUGAACCGCGUCCAGUCUGACGCCGAGAAACUCAAGUCCGAAUAUAGCCAAGACAAGGUGCGCAUGGAGCAGCGCAUGAGCGAGCUUACAGAGCAAGCCCGCCGUGACCAGGAGAGAGCGGCUGAGGGACACAAUCGCGAGCUGCUCAGCCUGCGGAAGCAGCUGGAGGACACCUCGUCGUCUUCCUCUUCUGAGAGGGCCAGACUCGAGGCCCGAUUGGAAGAACUGCAGAGAGCUGGGGCAAAGUCGUCUGGAGGUUUCUUUACGAAGCUCGGACGUGCUAUCGAUAGCAUAUUCGGUAUCCACUAA